AAAAAUAAAUUGUGAAGAAAAUAAAAUGAAUUUUCGCGUGUCGUAACCAGAGUUUGUAAGUAAAUUAAUUACUGGCCAUUAAUUACGCCCACGUGAUCAGACUGUCCUUUUUGUUCCGGGUCUAAUAAAUUCGAGAAUCUGGGAAAAAAAAUAUAUUUUAUGACUGGUAAAUAUCCUAGAAAUUAGAAUUAAAGGAAUAAAUUCUAACACUAAAACACACCCAUCUAUUUAACUUUAUUUUAUUUUUAUUUGAGCAUCACCUUGACACACGUGAUGCCGAUCGAAUUGAUAUAAAGCCGAUGUAUCCACCAGCCUGUCUAUUUUACUUGACAAACCUGUCGACACAUUCUUCGAACUAACGUUCAAUCAAUUUUCAUUUUUAUUUUCGAAAAAAAUUCAACUGUCAAAAAAAAUUUUUUUUUUUCAAAUGAGCCAUUUUAUUAUUUUCGUUAUUUUUUCCGGAGCUCUGUCUCUCUCAUCAGCAUGUUUGGGCAAAAAUAUCCUGAGGGCCGGAGUAAUAUCUUGUCAAGAUAAACAGACUAUAUUGGAUGAACACAAUCGAUUACGUCAGCUAAUAGCAUUAGGACAAGUCCAUGGGCAGCCUCCAGCAGCAAAUAUGAUGGAGAUGAUUUGGGAUGAUGAGUUAGCGGCGACAGCACAGAAAUGGGCGGAAACAUGCUCGGAAUCUCAUGAUAACAAUCGACAUGUUCGGAGAUUCGCAGUAGGACAAAAUAUAGCCCGUACAUGGACAACAAGACCACCAGGACCUUACGAUGCAGAACCAAAUUGGCGAAGACAAAUUUCCGGUUGGUUCAAUGAAGUACAGUACUAUCACACAGGCUAUGGCCGUGAUACCGCGCACUAUACGCAGAUUGUCUGGGCCGACACUUUUUUAGUCGGCUGUGGCUACACAUUUUUCUACGACCCCGCGAGAGGAUACACCAAAAAUUACGUUUGUAAUUACGGACCCAGCGGAAACGUUCUUGGAUUCGCGCCAUAUCAAUCUGGGCAGCCUUCAUGCACAGCCUAUGGGUUGUCUUUUUCUAACAGAUACGCGGGACUCUGUUCUCGAGGAAAUUUUUAUUAUCUUGGUGCUCUAUGUGGUUAUGUUUUUUAAACAAUAAUAAUAAUAAUAAUAAUAAUAAUAAUUAAUGAUAUAUAUUUACCGGAAGUUGCACUACUAGAACAUGUCUACACUAAUUAAUUUUUAAACCCAAAAUAACUCAUAAACGGUUAGGAUUAUGGGAAUUUUUAAAGAGACCUUUUUUGUAGAGAAUUAAAUUUCCUACAAAAUUUGUCAUGAGGAAUUUCGUGAUAAAAUUGAUAGUUUGGAUGGUAGAGAGGUUUAAAGACAGAAAAAUAAUUUUUUGAGGAAAUACUAGGGAAAUUUCAUUUUUAAGUUUUAAACUCAAAAUAACUCAUAAAUGGUUGGGAUUUUGGGAAUUUUUUAAGAGACCUAUUUUGUAGAAAAUUAAAUUUCCUACAAAAAUUCCCUCUGUAAAAAUUUUCAUAAACUCAAAAAUUUCAAAGUUACAGCCCCUCAAACUUUCAAAAAUUUUUUUCCACAAAAUUCGACUUUCCUUUUUUUAAACUCAAAAUAACUCAUAAAUGAUUGGAAUUUUGGGAAUUUUUAUAGAGACCUUUUUUGUAGAGAAUUGAAUUUCCUCCAAAAAUUUCCUCGAUAAAAAUUUUCAUAAACUCAAAAAUUUCAAAGUUACAGCCCCUCAAACUUUCAAAAAUUUUUUUUCCACCAAAUUCGACUUUCCUCUUUUUAAACUCAAAAUAACUCAUAAAUGGUUGGGAUUUUGGAAAUUUUCAUAGAGACCUUUUUUGUAGAAAAUUAAAUUUCCUACAAAAAUUUCCUCGGUAAAAAUUUUCAUAAACUCAAAAAUUUCAAAGUUACAGCCCCUCAAACUUAAAAAAAUUGUUUUUCCACAAAAUUCGACUUUUCUCCUUUUAAACUCAAAAUAACUCAUAAAUGGUUGGGAUUUUGGGAAUUUUUACAGAGACCUUUUUUGUAGAGAGUUAAAUUUCCUACAAAAAUUCCCUCUGUAAAAAUUUUCAUAAACUCAAAAAUUUCAAAGUUACAGCCCCUCAAACUUUCAAAAACUUUUUUUCCACUAAAUUCGACUUUCCUUCUUUUAAACUCAAAAUAACUCAUUAAAAUUUGAAAAUACAGAAAUUUUGACUCACACCUUUUUUGUUCAGGAUUAAAUUCUCUACAAAAAUUCCCUCAUAAGAAAUUCUCUAAAACUCAAUGCUUACAAAGUUACAUCCUCUCAAACUCAUAAUGACAAACCGUAACUAAAAAAACAUAAAUUUUAAUUUUUUAUUACUAAUUUGAUUGUAAUCAAUUUAAAUGGAAAUAAAAGUAAUUUAAUUGAUUAAUUACUUAAUUAAUUAUAAACAAAUAUAACCAUGUUGUUUUUAUUGGUAAUAUAUUUUUUAUUGGUCACGUAUUUAUAAAUAAAAACAAUUAAAAUGUCGAAUUUUAUUACCGAUUAUAAAAUACAAGACAAAUCAAUUCCAAUUGCAACCUAUAAAAUAUAUAUAUGACAUGUAUACAUACAUAUAUACACAUAUAUAUAUAAGACGAACAAUUUUUCAUCUCGUCGCCGGUCAAUCAUUUUUUUUUGCUCAAGAUUUUUUUUUAUUUUCUGAACCGAAAAAUGAAAAAUUUUGAAAAAAUAUUUUUUUUUGCUUUUAUUAUUUGUGGGUCAACAUGGGCCACUGAAAUGGAAACUUAUUGUGCUGGUGUUGAAAUUUUGG